ACGGUGCAAUCAAACCCGAAAUGUCCGAGUACUUUUUAGGUGGUCGCAAUGAAGGCGGAGCGUUAAACGAAGAGUCUGGGCGAGAGCAAAAGAUAAUCUUUAAAGUUCGCUAUAAAAAAAACAAAGCUACCGGCUUAUCAACAAUCGAAGAAUAUCAAAUUAAUAACAAAGGAAGCAAUUUCAAUUUGACCAGAAUGCCGCGGCGAGCUCAACUAGUUAAAAAUCUAAGUCCUUUUAAGUUGGUGACGUUCGAUAUCACCGAUACGUUGCUUAGAUUCAGAAAACCUCCCGGCGUACAAUAUGCUGAGACGGCAGCUAUGAUGGGUGUGAAAAAUCUGGACCCGAAUCGCUUACAAAAAGUAUUCCGUGAUGAAUUCAAAGCUAUGGCUAAGAAGUAUCCAAACUUUGGCAGCAAUUCCAAAGAAAUAAGUUGGCAGGAAUGGUGGGUGCAGUUGGUGCACAAUGUCUUCAAGCGCAUAGAUGACAACUUACCACAGCAACAAAUUCGUCGUAUAAGCGAAAGACUUUUUGAACAAUACCGUUCAAAUCAGUGUUAUGCUCACAUCGAAGGUAAUUUAGAAUUACUGGAAACAAUACGGAGCACAUGCAAAUAUGUUGGCGUCAUUUCCAAUACUGAUCCCGGGUUAGAACGUGUGUUGAGGGAUAUGAACAUUAGACAAAAUUUUGACUUUGUAUAUACCUCAUAUGAUUUGGGCGUCGAGAAGCCGCAUCGGGGAGCAUUCCUGAAACCGUUAGAGAAUUAUCAUUUAAGCCCUCAAGAAGCGCUACAUAUAGGCAAUCUUUAUGAAAAGGAUUACUUGGGUGCCCUUAAUGCUGGUUGGAGUGGCUUACUCGUAACGCAGUCUAUGGAUGAAGCAAAAAAAGCAAAACCUACACAAGUAUAUACCAGUUUGAAAGAAAUGCAUAAUGCUCUAGAAACGACUGAUAUCAAGUGGUAGGCAUAGCGAAAUAAGGACGAAGCAUAACUCGGAGCAAAAAAUUUUAGAUUAAAGUUAACUACCGACGUAUAUCUACUUGUGAUUUUUUAGAAGUUUUAAACAACCAUACCACGAAUUUAGUCUUAACGAUUCAAAUAUAGUUUUUGGUGAUAUCUGUAUUAAGUAAAAAAUAUACACUUAUAAAAUUUCGAGAUUAAUACAAAGUUUAGCAUUUGUACCGCCAAUUAUGAAGGGUAUUUUCUUACAAAAUGUUUUGUCUUAAAUUCUACAAGUCUUUUAAGAAUUUAAAAAACCUAAAGACUGAAUGUGUGUUGAGAAACGCGAUCAGAAGAAAAUAAAAUUUUGUAGAAACAAAGAACAUA